AACAUUUUUUAGAAAUGAAUAACUAUCCAUUAUUUGCGAUUAUGAUCAAAAUAUAUAUUGUAUUUAUUUCAUAAUAUUUUCAUAUUAUUUUACGUUAUAAAUAGUGAUUCAUUGUAAGAAACUGUUAUUUUGACAGAUGUAAGCAGUGAUUAAAUCACAUAAAACUACAACAAAAUUUUGUUACUACUUAUUUCUAGCUAUCGUUAAUUUAUGUUUGAACAAAGAAUUUGACUUAUUAUUUAAAUAUUUAUUUACAUUUUAAAUUAUAUCUAUGAAUACUUGCAAGGUCCCAAUGCCCGUCGAUGAUGGAGAUGGUGAUAAUAGGUGGUUAAGUAUUCAUAACCGGUUUCUCUCUGAAAGUAAAGAAAAAGAUGCUGAUGUUAUUUUUAUAGGAGAUUCAAUAGUUCAAGCAUUACAACAUACAGAUGUUUGGAAUGAAUUAUUUGUCCCAUUACAUUGUUUAAAUUUUGGCAUUCAUAGGGAUAAAAUCGAAAAUGUGUUGUGGAGAAUUCAGAAUGGAGAAUUAGAUAAUGUUAAACCUAAAAUAAUUGUCUUGCAUGUUGGUACUAAUAACUAUUCAAAUACACCUGAAGAAAUUAGAGACGGUAUCGUAGAGUUAGUUGAAAUAAUUAAAGAAAAGCAUCCAGAUGUGUAUAUUGUUGUACCAACAUUAUUACCAAGAGGACAAAACCCAAAUACAGUCAGAGAUAAAUUAACUAAAGUGAAUGAAUUGUUAAAACCUGCUUUAGAGGGUCGACCUAAAGUUGAAAUGGUAGUUAUUGACAAUGGAUUUGUCAGGGCUGAUGGAACAAUAAGUCAUCACGAUAUGUAUGAUUAUUUGUUACUAACAAAUUCGGGCUGUAAAAAAGCUUUUGAACCAGUGCAUGAACUUUUGAUGCAGUUAUUGGCAGAUGGUGAAAUUGAAAAUGAUCUCACACCCUCUGAGUAAUUUGGAUAUUUUUAAAGUUAAUCAUUUGUUAAUUGUAAGGUAGUCAUAAAAUAUAUUUAUACGAAACAACUUGAAUAUUUGGUAGGUAUGUACGAAUAGAAACUGCCAAAUUUUUCUUUUUUAAGGAUAAUGCAUUAUUUCUUGAGUACCUAGUAAUUAGUGACUUGUAUGACACAAAGGCUUCUAUUUAAAUUAUAAAAACACUACAAUCAUCCAAUUAGUGUUAGACAUAAUGUUAAUGAUGUUUUUGAAUAUAAACGUUUUGUUUUAUUCAUCAGUUUUCAUUUUCAUUCAGAAUUUGGUAGAAGUUAUUGAAACAAACCAAUAAAGCUCUUUUUGACAGUAAAGAUAGUAAAAAUGGCUAUAUUUUAUGAGAAACUAAAAAAUAUCAACUUGUAUUUUUUGAGUGAUAUUCUAUUUCAAAUACCAAAUUACAACCGACUCUAAAGAACUGAGUGUGAAGAAAUUAAUUAACAGUAUAAUUAAAAAAAUCACAGGCAAAUAACAGUAAACAGUUUCACAUAGCUUGUGGUUGGGAUAGUGUAACAACAUUCUAACUCUUCAUUUAAAAUAGUUUUAAUUAUUAAUGUUUUAUUUUAUUGAAUAUAGAAAUAAGUGUGCAAAUUAGCCACAGGUUCUUACUGAAUAUGGCAGUAAAUUAAUUAUGUUGAUAAAUUUCGAUUCACAAAAGCCUUUAAGUUAAAGUUGAUGUGGAGAAGUAACUACUGAUAUAACUGUGAUUAUAAUACUUUUGCUUGAUGCUCGUAACUUAAUGCUAGAGAUCAAUAUUAGGUAGAAUAGAUAUUUUCUGAUAAUUUAUUUUUUAAUUAUUUCUCAUUAGGGCUGUCGCGUAUUAAUCCGCUAGUGAAGCAUGAGGUCUCUUGAAUAUCGGUGUUUGUGAUUUAUAUGAGUCGACCAUUUUCAGUGAUUUGAAAUAGUUUUAUCUUUCGAAAAUGUAUAUUCUUGUGUGCAGUACUGUGGCGAGGUAUUAAAUAUGAUUAAUAACAAACUUUGAUAACAAUUAUUCGAAACCUUACUCGAUAAUGACGUCAACUGGUGAGCAUAAAAACGAUAGUCCUCAUUUAGUUGUUAGGGAAUUUCAGACGUUGAAUAAGUCUUCAAUAAAUAGUCCCUUAUUUCAAAGUUUAUGAAGGAAUACAGUUAUUUAUCAAACUGAAUGUAAAAAUUGUAUUUAUUAUUAUAAUUAAUUUUAAUUUUCAGUAUAUUCCCUGUGAAGUUUUAAAUUUAUGUAACAGUAUCAAUACUUACGAACCUUAAAAUGAAUUUUGCGAAUUUACAUCUUACCUUUUAUCUGUAUUUGUUAAUUUCUAGUUCUAUUUUGUUUUCUUGAAUGAAUAACAUAAUCUCAUUCAAACGUCUCUUGUAUUGCAGUUUUUAUUCCAAUAAUUGAUCUAUUUUUUCAAGAAUGUCCAUAAAAUUUUUUGAAUCAUUUUACCUUUGUUUGAAGGAAUUUCUGAUCUAUAACUUAUACUUGGGUACUUCCAAUCUCCAUCAUCACAUGCGAUACAUGAAUACAAAGUAUCCAGAAAUUCGUCUGCCGAACGCAAACUAUUAAACUAGAUGUAAUGUUGUCUCCAUAAAUUUUACGUCAGCUGGAAAACUUCUCAUAAAAGAGGUAGUGCCUUUUGAAUGUAGCGAUGUUGAGUUAGAUUUUCAAAUAUAUUUCUUAAAAGCUGCUACAUAUAAACUUUAUACAUUGUAUAAAUUUGCAAUGAUUAAUUUAAAUUUAGAAAUACAUUGCAUUACAUUUGUUGAAUUUACUAUAAAAUUUGUCAUAAGACUGGUGAAUUUAAAAGGUUGAGCAACUUUUGGAUAAAGGAAAAUAGAUUAGAGAUAAAUCACAUCUAGUAUCUGAAGUUUGCAGGAGGUAGGAGAGUUUGUGGAUAUACAAUAUAUUAUAUUGAAAAAAAAAUAAACAUGAUUAUUUUUUAUUUUGCAUCUUCUUUUUAAAACAAACCUUUGUAAGAUUAAUCAAUCGUUUUUAAUCAACUCUAAGUAGAUCUAGUCACCCUUAAGCUAAUUAUUUGUAUAAAGCAGUAUGUCCAUUGAAAAAUAGAAAAAGUAUUCUUUUCUCGACAAUUAUAAUAAAAAGAUACCUUCGCUUUUGAUUUGUCAUUACAAAUGUAACCAAAUUAACAGACUUAUAAUUUCAUUUGAUAUUUGAAUUAUACAAACUCGUGUUCGCACAGGAAUCCAAUUAAUUUUUUUUUAAUUGAUUACCUUAAUUUUAGAGUUAUAAAGUUUACCCUGGACCCUGUUUUAGUUUGUUAGAUUUGUGUUAGAUAUAGUUACAAAAUUUCACAAUAACCGUUUCUAAGGGCUACUCAUAUCAAUUUUUUUCUUGUAUUUCUGGUGCUAUAAAUAGCAUUGCUUGUCCGAUUAUCUCAAAUCCUACUAGUUAUUUGGUACAAUAAAAAACUGUAAGAUAUAACUAAGAAAAAAUUCAUAAUUUGGGAAUUAAAAAAAUUACAAUAAUUCCUACUAUAUAUUUUGUUGUACUUAUGUCUUGUAUCUAAUCUGUGUUUGUGCCCUACUUAUAAUGAUAGUAUUAAUACAGUAAAUUCAAUCUAGUGUAAUGCGAAUAAGAUGUUAAUUGAAGAAGUGAAAUGCUUGAAUUUGAAUCAAAUAUUCUACAUAUUUUAUUUAAUUUUAGAAUACCUAAAGGAUGCGCCAAUGUACUAUCAGGUAUACUUUCUUUACAAGUGAUGAAGAUAUUUAAAUACAAUUCUACAGAAUUACUGUUUACAUUCCACUAUACAUAUUAGUUUUUAGUUUAUUUAUACUUAGAUUUAAGUGAAGCAGUUUCUUUAGAGUGAGAUUAUUUGUAAUUCUAUUGUUUUUUAAAGAACAAAAUUUAUUUUCAUGUACAAUAUCUACAAAUGUUUUAAAAUUUCCGCUAGUUGUAGCUUCCUUUUUAAAAUCGUAUAAAAUAGAAUGUUUCUGGUAUUGCAAUUGUAAAAUCAAAAUGAAGCUUCAUGGCUUGAAUUUUUGAAACACAUGCUCAUUAUAUGUCAAAUUAAUAAACUUUGUAAUUUUGGAA